AUGUCUUCUGAAAACAAUUCAGUGUCAGGAGACUUGUCUCCUCCCUCUCCCACAACGUCUGGAUUUCCCACACAGAACUUCCCUUCAGCAAAAGAAGAUGCCAAGGUAGAGUUAGAUAGGGAGAGUUUGAGGGAUAAAUCUACUCCUGGUAAAACUAAAAAGUCUCUGAAAGGGAAACAUUACCCAGGAAAGGAAGAGUAUCUGGAGAAGAGAGAGCAUUCAAGGCAGGAAGACUAUCUGGAGGAGGAAGACGCUCUGGAGGAAUAUGAGUCCACAGAGGAGGAAGAGUAUCUAGAGGAAGACAAGUUUAUAAACAUAACAGACUACGUGUUUAAAGGAGAGAAUCUGAGAAAAGCACAUCCAUUUCAAAAGCAUCUGGGGCAGGACUUCAAAUCGGUUUAUUCAUCAUUGAUCUUGUCUCGUCUUAAUGCAAGGAGCCCAAUUGCCAGCACCUCUCAGGCUACCUUUUAUUAUGGUGUCCCACGUUCUGCCACUAUCUCUGCCGACUCGGAACAAGCCGAGGUUUCCAUAAGACACCAGGCCAGUCAGACGAAAUGGGCCUACGAAAGCAAGUUGGUUUUUAUGAAGCCUGAAAUAAAACCAGAUGAAGACAACUCCAUGAGCUCUUAUUCAGAAGCCUUGGAUGAAUGGGCCAGCAUCAUAGAUGAGGCUGUGGACAAGGAACUUAAGAACUACAGUGAUAAUUUUUUUAGAAGAUCCUAUCAGACAGUAUUUAAGAGAAUAGUCAGAGAAAUGUAUGCUGCCAAUGAACUGGAAGACGAUCUUAACAUCCCCCUGACUCUGAUGCUGGAAACUGAAAACAGAAGGAAGCUGGGAAUGCUGUUGAAGGCAAAUUUUGAAGCAUUGGAAGACCCAAUCGUAUGGCUUAUGAAGAGACAUGAAGGUCUAAAGUCGUCUGAGACUCUCACAUUUCAUCUCCCGAGUAUGAUGGAGCCUGAGCCAGAAGGCAAGAAGCGGGUUGGUGGUAAGAAGAAAGUGGAACUAGAUAUAGAAUGGAUACAGGAGGUGAAGGUGCGUAAAGGUGAUGGAAAAUUAAUUCUCUACCCCAAUGAGAACAUCUUCCAAGUUCUCUUUCCUGAUGGGACAGGACAGAUACACUAUCCAUCAGGAAGGCUCGCUCUGCUCAUCUCCUGCACAGAUGGUGAAGAGUUCACAUACAUCAUUCUGGAAGACAGUCUAGAGGCUAGCAUCCGGGCCCUCGUCAAUAACUCUGGCCAUGCCACCUUCAAUGAUGAAAAUGGAUUUAUCUGGUCAAGCCUGAGCAACAGCCUGGGCUACUACUUCCCCAAGGGCAAAAACCAGAAGGCCUGGAACUGGUGGAAUCUACAGGUCCACGUCCACGUGCCCCCUUUCCAGCCCAUCUCCUUGAAAAUCAACAGCUACAUCCAGGUGCACAUAAGAAGCCAGGACAAGAUCAUCUUCAGCUUUCUCCACCGACAGAAGCAGUUUCGUUUAAACCUGGGCACCAAGUUCAAGUUCAUAAACUCAGAGGUGCUGCAAGACCUGAAGGAGAAAACAAUCCUGGAGGUAGAUCCUGGCACAACAGCUCGGAAGGUCCAGAUCCUUCUGGGAAAAAUGAUUAGGAUCCUGAACUUGCUGACCAUGUCUGAUUUGAAAAACUUCACAGAGGCCUCCAAGAUGUGUCUCAUGGCUUUAGGAACCAAGAAGAAGAGAUCUCGAUUCUGUUUGUAG